AUGAGUGUUGUUGGUCGUGCGCAGGACGACGAGCUGUACGAGGGCUGCGAGGACGCACCUGUCCGGACAGUCGCCGGAGGAGUGGUGCUGAGGCGCCGGCGGGGCGGCGCGCGGCGCUGCGGGCCGGACGCGUCGUGUCCGCGGGCGCCUCGUGCGCGUGCCAGCGACGACCGCCCUCGGCGCGGCCGGGGCGGCGGCGGCGGGGGCGGAGGAGGCGGAGGGGCCGGGGACGGCGGGCGCGCCGUGGGGAGGCGUGGGGUCGAGCGCUGCUACUGGCGGCGGCGCGGCAGGCAGCCUGCCACGCGCACCUUCGACGCGCGCCCCGCGCUGCCGGCUCAGCUGGCUCGCCGACGACGAGCACGCCAACGCCAACGCCAACCGCCGCCUCAGGGGAUAAGUGUCAUUGAGAUUAUGGGCCCCGGGAGCUCGUCGGGCGGCGCGGCGCGGAGCUGGCGCGCGCCGUCCGUGGUGGUGAGCGACUACUCGGACGACGUGCCCGCGUGCUUCGCCAGCUUCGCCUGCGACGAGGACGCGGCCGCCGCCGCCGCCUCCGCCUCGGACGACGCCUCUGCCUCCACCUGCGCCACGAGCGUGUGUGCGCUGCGCACGCCCGAGCGCAAGGCCAGCGACUGCUCCACCUGCUCCACGCUGAGCGGCGCCGACGACGACCGCCCCGCUGACGCGCUGCUGCAGCCGCUGCGCUCCUGCAGGACCAAGCUAGAUCAAGCGAGUGGCGCGCUGGCAUCUGAUAGCGGCGCCGCCGUGACGACGCGCCGUCCCAGUGACGCGUCGCCCGAUCGCCUGACCCCUGAUAGGCGCAGCCCCGCCGCCGCGGCGCGUCCGCCUCCGUUCCGCCUCCGCGCCGUCCGACCCAGCACGAACCUUCGUCUGCCCAUGCUAGGGACUAAAGACAUAUCGCUGACGGAUUUUUCCAAACAUCCUUCUCCUUGGUUGUAUAGAACAUUGAUUGUUUAG